CCGCCGGUCGUGGUGACAUCACUUCCGCUUCCUGCCGCACGCGCGGCUAUUUCCGCUCCUCCGUCCGUGCGGCUUUCCGACUCUGCCGACUUCGGCUGCUGUUGGAGGGCGGCGAGCCAACCGGACCGCAGCCAUGACUGAGGCUGAUGUAAAUCCGAAGGCUUAUCCCCUUGCAGAUGCCCACCUUACCAAGAAACUGUUGGACCUCGUUCAGCAGUCAUGUAACUACAAGCAACUUCGGAAAGGAGCCAAUGAGGCCACCAAAACUCUCAACAGAGGCAUCUCUGAGUUCAUUGUGAUGGCUGCAGAUGCUGAACCUCUGGAGAUCAUCCUGCACCUCCCACUGCUGUGUGAAGACAAGAAUGUGCCCUAUGUGUUUGUGCGUUCCAAGCAGGCCCUAGGGCGGGCCUGUGGAGUUUCCAGGCCUGUCAUUGCCUGUUCUGUCACCAUCAAAGAAGGCUCUCAACUGAAGCAGCAGAUCCAGUCCAUUCAGCAGUCUAUUGAAAGGCUCUUAGUCUAAACCUGUGGCCGGCCUCUGCCCUGUUCUCCCCACCAACCCCACCCCCAGGUUGUGUAUCAUAUUGUCUGUCUUAGCAUGUAGUCAGCGGCUUUCUAUUAUAAAGUAUUGUACUAAAUCUGU